CUUUCGCCUUCCGCUUUGGCUCCCCUCCGAUGCUUUGCAACCAGAUGCCUUAAACACGAGGUGGGACCAAAACCAAGUGAACAAUGAGAGUUCUUCACCUUUGUAUAGGGGGGAAGGGGAUAGCAUUUGCUGAGCUCUUUCUGUGUGGCCAGCGCGCUGGCACGACCAUCUCAAGUAUUCUCAUCAGUCUUGUGGCUAAAACGUAGCAGUGUACCCAUUUAACAGAGAGGGGAAUGUAAGCACCUAGGCAGUAUGGGUAGGAAGCACAGAAUUAACAGCUCUCACCCUAGCCCAAGCAUCAGCCCUUUCAACAUCCCCUUUCUAGUGUCAGAUUAAGGGUUAGUAGAGAAAAGUUAAAAUGACACUGAGAGGACCAGUACAAGGCUACAUAAAAUUAAUGACCAAGAACUGAUGUCAACUUAGAGAUGAGAAAACCGAGCCUUUGGGAGCUUCGGCAUCCUGUCCUGUAUCAAGCAGCAAAGAAGCUAAUAGCGUCGGAUUCUGCACCUCGGUCAGCUGUUCUGUUGAUGCCAGCGGUUUCCUCUGUGUUGAUGCCAACACUUUGCCCUGUGCUGGGCUACCCUGAGAGAGCAUUCUCACUCGUACAUAUCCACAAACUAUCUCAGCAGCUCUGCUAAUAUAAUGGUUGUGCUGAUGAGAGGAGUGGGGGGAGACAAAGGCUACCUUUACGAUAUGCAUUAUGCCAAGGAGGAAACUCAGGCACAUUUCUGCUCCCUGUUUUACACUAAAAUAAACCACCUGUUUAAAAAAGAUAGCAGCAUUUCUGUAUGACACCCCCCCCCAAAGGAAAUCGGACUCAGAGAUAACUUGCCUAAAAUGACAGGGCGAAGACAGAGCUUUCAAUCCAGAAUUCAUGCUACAAACUAAAGUAUGGGCACCUCACUGCCUACCACAGAAUAGUGGUUGAGGGCCUGUUAGAAAUGCGCAUUCCUGGGCCCCAGCCCUGGAGAUUUGGCUUUACUGCAGCCUGGGGACGAGCAAUGUCAUCUGUAUUUUACCUGUUUGUAUAAUUGGUUCUGGGUUAUAGAGAAGCUGUGACCCACUAUUCUAAACACCACACCAUGCUGAAGGCUCUCAGUAAAUGGGUCUGCCACUUAAAUGUUUCUCCAUAGCCUAUUUUUCAUGAACCUUAAUCCCAGAGCAGAGAAGUUCCUACCUCAAGGCCUUCUUGAAACUGCGUGCAAAGAAUUUGACCACAUUUUUUUCUGACACUAUAGCUCUCUAAGUUUUCACAUGGGCCUGUGGCCUCCAAACAGUUAAGAAUCAUUCACUGCCUUACAAUCUUCAUAACAUCUUCCUCUUUCAACACCUGCUUGAGGACGGAGUGUGAGAAAGAAAACACCAUUUGACCUAACCCCCACACCCCGGCUCUCUGCCUCUGCCGUUGAUAUAGCUCUUUCAUUUCCUGGCUCAAGGCUAGGUUGCUAGGUUGCCCUUCUGUGAGCUCUUCAGGGGACUUCUCCUUUGCUGGAUUUGGCAUCACUGGCCCCAGGAAGGAGCAACUCCAUGGAAACGGCAUGCAAGGCUGUCCAAAGCGAAUGGGCCGUGAAGCCAGAGGCUAGAAAACCUGCUCCAUUUUUUUUUUCCUGCUUCUGGUUCUUAGACAGCAGGUGACACUUCUCCCGUGUACACGGUGGCUAGAAAGCCCCUGUAGGGUUUGCACUGGACUCUUGAUCCUUGGAAGCACGGGAUCCAUUUGAAACCCUGCAAUUGUCAUUGGCUUUGUCUUCAACCUGCUCAGCCUCUUCCAUCCGUGUCCAGUUGUGUUCAGCAUGGAGGAGCAGAACAACACUGCUGGGAAGGAGCUUCAACACAGGACCCGAGCAGAAGUUCCAGGAAAGAAAAGCUGGCAGUCACAGGCCUACACCCUCGGGGCGAUUUCCAACUUUAUGUCUACUUUUCUGACCUUUCCUAUCUAUAAGGUUGUGUUCCGGCAGCAGAUCCACGCUGUGGCAGUGUCAGAAGCUGUGAGACAGCUUUGGCACGAAGGCCCUCAGUACUUCUACAGGGGCAUCUACCCGCCUCUUCUCUCCAAGACCCUCCAAGGGACUCUGCUGUUUGGCACUUAUGAUAGCUUGCUGUGUUUUCUCUCCCCGGUUGGACCUCACUCCCUCGGACAGCGCUGGACUGCAGGGCUCAUGUCAGGUGUAGUAGAAGCUGUAGCACUCAGCCCCUUUGAAAGAGUACAGAAUGUGCUUCAGGAUGCUCGCAAGCAAGCUUCCUUCCCCAGCACCUUCAGCAUUCUCAAGGAAUUCAAUUCUUAUGGGCUUUGGGGGAGGCUGUCACUGGGCUAUUACCGGGGUUUCUGGCCAGUCCUUGUCAGAAACAGCCUGGGAAGUGCUCUCUACUUCUCCUUCAAGGAUCCUAUCCAGGAUGGCUUGGCAAGGCAAGGCCUGCCCCACUGGGUUCCUGCUUUGGUGUCUGGUAGUGUCAAUGGAACCAUCACCUGCCUGAUUCUGUAUCCUCUGAUUGUGCUAGUCGCCAAUAUGCAGUCUCAUAUUGGCUGGCAGAGAAUGCCAAGCCUGUGGGCCUCCGCACAAGAUGUGUGGGACACGCGAGGGAGAAAAAUCCUGCUGAUUUAUAGAGGAGGAUCCCUGAUCGUCCUCAGGUCCAGUGUGACAUGGGGCCUCACUACUGCUAUCCAUGACUUCUUGCAGAGAAAGGCUCACACCAAGAAAGAGAUGAAAGACUGACUAAAGGAAGUGAGUCUAUGGUGUCUUUCUUCUAAAUCUUUCCUUGUUGGUCGUGUAUAGUAUAUUUCUUUGGCUUGGUUACCUAAAACAACCAUUCUCUAUAAACUGUCACUGCAUGGGAGAAGCUCCUAACUUUUCACCGGUUAGUCACAGAUAAAGCCUACCAGGAUUCCUUGGUCAAAGAAAGUCUCCCUAGUCUAUACACAGCUUCAGUAGCCUCAGAACCUGGAACCUUUAAAUAAGCCUUUUAAUAAGCUGUAGCCCAGAUUAGAUGGCAUUCCUUCAAGGAUUUUUUUUUUUAAAUAAGAGGAAACUUUAAAAGAAGACUCUGCUCAAUGCUGUAAGUCUGGGGUCCUUCUGUGUGUCCUUCUGACCAAACUGAGUAGACCUCUAAGUUCAACGAACUACACUAGACUUUGAGAACAACCUCAGAGAUGCCUAUAUUUUACUGACAUUUCUCACUGCCUCUACCACAGUCAUUUUCACUUCAAGCUAUGGGUCCCAUUUUCAGGGUGUCUGCUCUGAUUGGAAACCCUAGAUUUAACUCACUUGCACCCAUCAGAUGCCACAAGAACUGAAGAUGCUGAAUGUGGGGCUGAGAAAACAUUUGGUGCCUGGAUAGAAGGAAAAAAGGCUUUGAACCAAGAAAUUUAAUUAAUUUAAUUACAUGCCAAAUAGAGAAAAAAAUCACUACAUGUGAUUUGGUGUUAUUGGAUAUAUAUAUAUAUAUAUCCAUAAUCAUAUAUGAUUAUGCUGCCUACAAACCAUUUAAUAAAUUAUAAGAAACUUGGAGCUAGCAUGAACAUAUCUCUUCAUAAUUAAUCACUAAUUCUGUUGAUAUGCACAGCUAUAUAGUAUAUAAUGAUCUCAGCCUGCUGUUCAGAGCCAUUGUCAAUAUGGACCCCACAUGACUUUAUGCAUAGAAUUACCCCACAUGCAUGGACUGCAUAUGCCAGCCAAAUGCAGUGUUUUUCACUUCCCAAACAUUCCACAAACUUACCCAAGGCCAUAUACUCUACCCCAUACUGUUCUCUCCACUUGCACUGCCCUCCCCUCCAAAAAGGCCUCCAAUUUACAAAAGUUCAGCUCUGAUGCCACUGUCUGUAUGGAGCCCCUUCUCUGUCACCCCCCUCAAAACUGAAUGUGACAUUAAUUUUGUGAUAUCUUUUUUUAACGGCUCAUCAACAUGCACUGAUCCCAUUAUGUCACUGGUCCCAUGUGGUCCUAAUGUUCUUGCUGUUCUUCAAUACCUCCUACUAGUCUGUAAACUUCUUGAAAGCAGGGAUUCUUGUAUGCAUUUUUAAAUCCUCCAUUGUGCCUAGGUGCUCAAUAAAGUUGGUGAAUUAUCAAAUUGAUUAUCAAGCUGUGAUAUGGUCUCUAUUCUCAGGGUGCUAUCCCUAUUACAUGAAGAUAAUGUUACUGACUCAUUGUCAACAAGACACAUGCCUUUGGGAUGUGUUUUUUCCUUUUAAUAGUGGAUUUAGUUUUGUGCUAAUUAUGAUGCCAAUGACGAUAACAAUGGUAAUAAAAUUAUGUUCAAUCACAAUA